GGGAGGAGCAUAUUACAAAGUAAAGUUAUAUGCGAACGGUACCCCCAUAUUGUGUAUUUUUUGAUACAGUAGCAUUUCAUUGAAUUUCAGUUGUGUUCUAAAUACGAAAUUCGAGUCUUGAGUUAGGUUAUGUAGAAACGAAAUGAAACAUUUUCAUGUUGUUUUAGUUUUAUUUAUUAUUGAUUUCUUUGGUGUGAACACAAACGAGUCAGAAAUAGCCGAAGAGUUAUAUAAAAAAUUAUUUAAACGACAACGAGCUGAACAGUUGGAAGCCAUCAAGAGUUUUCAGAAAAUUUCUAACUAUGAGAAACAGUAUUCAAUGAUAAUGCUCAUGGCAGAAAAAGUAUUUACUGUAAUCCAGGACAGCCGAGCGACAAUCGAAGCCUCACCAUACAUCCCUGGUGUCUCAGAGUUUCCUUUAGAUGAUAGAAUUAAAGAUGCCUUAUCGAAUAUUUUGGAGAAUACUGCUCUAUUUUCGGAAAUAAUUUUAAGAUUUCCAGACAUAUCAGUAUCAGUAUUAAAGACCAAUAAUAACUGGGAUGUGUUGCUACAGUGGAGUAUUGCAUUUUGCAAUCAAGUCAGAUAUCUUUUGGAUAAUAGUACAAUUAAAGCGCUGUCUUUAGCUAGUCAAGAACUCAAUCACGUUGAACGAAGUCCACAUUAUGUUAACCCAUACAGGAAGCAAGGUCCUCAGCUUAAUGCUGAAAUAAGUGCAGCUAAAAGCAAAAAGAAAAGGAAAGAAAUUAAGAAAGGUCCACGCUUGUCUAGUCACUCAGAACUUUAGGUAAAUUAUAAGACUGCCACAUGUUUCCUAUUUUUGAUUUAAUUAGCAUCAUGUAGUGGAAGGUAUUAUAUAAAUACGUUUCCAUUGUAGGCUUGAUGUAAAUUUAGUUGUUCUUCAUGAAGCUCAAUUUAAAUAGCGCGAUUCUAUUAUAAAAAGAAAUCAGUUUCAUAACACUGCAUUCUUUGAAAAGAAAUGAAACAGAAACUGCAUAGAUUGUAAUAUUUGCUCAAUAUUAUUAUAGACUUAUUUUUUUGCCUUUGCUAGACAUAUGGUGUGUUCAUGAAUUAUGAAACAAAUUUUGUAAACGUUUUACAACACUUUUCCAAUUUAUGUUGCCAAAGUUAUCACAUACUUACACUCUUUAAAAGCUGUAAAUUUAAUGGCAUCACACGACCAGAUUUAUACGAAAUUUUGAUACUUAAACUGAAUUUAGUGCAAUAUUGUACCAGCUGUAUCAACACUGGUCUGAUCCGAUUUUAUUUUAAAUUUUACAUUCACGGGUUAUAUAGAAAAAAAGAGUUACAUUUUAGGUUCAAAUUAAACAUUUUUGAAUACUCAAAGUGUUGGUCAAAAUUUCGUAAUUGUCAUAUUCCGACCCUUUAAUUUGGAGGGAAUUUGUACCAUACAUCAUGGAGACACUAUAUUUACAUAUAAAUAUAAGAGUGAAGCCUUUCAUAGAUCGACGAAAUGUCUGAAUUUUAAAAUGCUAUUCAUAAUUUGUUAGGAAUGAUAACAAUAUAAAUGACAAUUGUUGCUCACUUCGGUCUAAUGGUAAGUUAAAUUUUUGUCUUCUCACAACUAUCAUAUAGUGAUAAAUACGGCAAUACAGUUUUCACAAAAAUCCGUCGACGUAUAUUUAAAUUAUGAAAACAUUGUUACAUAGUACUAAUUGUAUUUUUAAAUAAACUGGAUGAUCGAAUAAAUUUAGCAUCGCCGACGACCACGAAAAACACAAUUCUUCUUUGCAAUGAAGUUUAACAUAGUUGUGGGGUUGUUGAGUAUUGAAAAAAAUAUUUUGUAGUUCCUUGUUUAAGAUUGGUCGUGUUAAUUAUACAGUGUAUAGUGCUUCACUGCCCCCUUGUAUUUGUUACCAUUACAAAUUUUAACAGUAAUAGGAACGAACAAAUUAUAGUUUUAUUUGACCGUAGAGGAUGUUGUGUAACACUUUCAUAUGUACUAAAGCUAUGAACCAUUUUAUCGUACCUUACUUAUGAUGUGGAAUUUAUUUGAUCAUUGAAGUGUCUCUAAAUCAGAUAAUGGCUUAUGUGUACGUACUAAUCCACUACGUGCAUUAUUCAUUUCCUAAAUGCAGUCUUGAAGUUUUUUUUCCUGUGAUAAACAGAGUAAAUUCCGUGUUAUAUUACUCCAUGUUUUAACAUGGUGUUCAAUAUAAACAUAGUUGUAUUAACAUUAUACAUUGGUUAUAUGAUAUGUAUACGUUACGUCGAUUUAUACAAAUACAAUUUAUAUUUAAUUUUUAUGGAUUUCAACGAAUUUUGUAGAUACUGUAAAUAA